GGCCCAUCCGCCCACGAAUGCAGCCCUGUGCGCCUGUGCGGAGGAUCGUGAUGCAUGCCCGCUUUCCCAGUGCUGUUUGUCAAGACCGGGGCCCUCAACGAUCUUCCCCCGCUUUCCCAAUCAGAUUGCUUGUCUUAUCCUUAGGGGUUCUUGACGACUGCCGAUCACAGUUCCUGCACAACGAAUACGGGCUGUUGUCUUGGCGUGAGCAUGAAUGGGCUGGAGACUUGCGCAGUUCCAUCUGAAGCCUGUUCGGGUUGUUCGGGUUGCUGGUCCAACGGGCCUUGUUCAACCUGAGAGUGCCAGAGAUUUCGAAGUUAUUGGCCGAAGAGAAGGAGGGUUGAAUCACACACGUGUUCACGUGCUCCCGCGAGUUCAAGACGCGCCGACAUGCAUCGCGCGUUCCUGCGAAUGGACCAGCUUGACUAUCGCGUCUAUCGCACUUUGACUGAGAUAUCCCCACCCGUUCGAUCCUCCGUUGACUGGGAAGGUUGAGCAUGCCAGCGGCGCCAUGACUACGGCGGCCCUCAACAUCGGCCAGCGCCUGCGAGGGAGACUCGGGACGUACACACUCACCAGGCAGUUGUACGAGACGGUCUGGCUCGCCAGUAACACCCAGCAAGAACCAGUCAUCAUCAAAGCCAUCCGCCAUGCGCGCUUGGAAAACGAGCGCCAGAUCUUGAAGCGGUUCCCAGAUGCCACCGUUCCAUUCCGAGCUCUGAUCGAUGAAAUUCAAGAGCCUCGGGACCCGCCCGCCCUCGUCCUCAAGCACUACGACUCCCAUGUCGGUGAGGUCGCAGACAAGAAAGGACUUUCGGCACGUGAGAUCAGGCAUGUUGCACGGCGCGUUCUCGAAGCGCUACGCAUCUUGCACGAGAAUGGUUAUGUACACACAGACGUGAAGCCUGACAACAUCAUGGUCAAUCUCUCUCCCAGCGAGGGCGGCGACGGCAACAUGCGCUUCAAGGAUGCUUGUUUGGCUGACUUUGGGAACACUGUCUCUGUCGACAGUGAGUACGCCGUGAAUGGCUACCCCCUUGGAACGCCGAUCUUCCGGAGCCCCGAGACAACCUUAAUCCUCCCAUUUGGGCCCCCGGCCGAUGUCUGGUCUUUUGGUGCCACUCUCAUCUCCCUCCUCUAUGGCGAAGGGUUCGAUAUCUUCCGCCCAGAUGUACCUGUCGACCAUGAGCUAUAUGUCGACAAGAUCCUGACUCGCUUCCACCAGUUCUUUGGGCCGUACCCGAAGACAUAUCUGACCUUGCCGGGGAUAAACGAUGAAGUCCUCGAGCUGCUCAUACACAUCAUCAGCACGUUCCCCCCCGAGCAGCGCAAGCCGUUCCAGCUGGCCUCGCGGACUGAGAUCAGCCACCGGGACCGGGACUUCAUCUGCAAGAUCAUGAAGCUGGAUCCGCGGGACCGGCCGACGGUGCAGGAGCUACUGGACGAUGACUGGUUCCAGGAAGAAGUUGAGGAACAUGAACAUGGGAAUGAGCGAGAAGCGGCGGGUGGCUCGGAGACUACCUAGGCAUCUAAGGUCGGGAGCCUCGAACAUGAGGUGAGCAACAACCUCGUUCUCCGCAUGGGCCUGGCAUCUGUUCCGCUUUAUUGCCAGAGCACCAGCGCUCAUUUACUCUCCGCCUGCAGGGCGUCGGGUCCCCAGGCAGGGAGGGUUGGGAGUUUUUGCACUUCUCUGUCGUGGCACUCCCAGCAGUGGCCAUACUUGUCGUGUUGUUCUAGAACACACUCAGUUAGCCUGAGAUACCCGGACCCCCUUCUGUC